AUGAAAUCUUUCCUCAUUGUUGCCUGUGUCUUUGGAUUCUGCUGUGCUGUGCUAGCAGAGGAUGAAGAGCUUCGAGAGAAGCGCUCAUCAAGCCGUUCCUCAGAGAGACAGCCUGGAGGCUUCUUCAACCCAUACCAAUUCCAGCGUCCCUAUCCCUACCCAUACUUUCCCCCUUACCAGCCCCAGCCUCUGCCACAGCCUCUGCCUCAGCCUCAGCCUCGGCCACCAAACAACAAUGCUCUCCUCAGCCUCUUGCCAUUCAUCUUAGCACAGCUGGCAUCCAACACCCCUGCUCCGGCACCGGCCCCCGCUCCUGCACCAGCCCCUGCACCUGCCCCAGCUCCUGCUCCUGCCCCUGGUGGGAGAUAA